AUGCCAGACUCACAGGCGUCCGACCUCCCGCACGACCUCCAGCGAGCCAGGCAUCGGCCCAGCCUCGCGCAGGCGAGUCGGCCCGCCGGCAGCGAAGAAGCAGAGCGCCUUCUCGCGGGCACGGCGAGCCUUUCCAAGAAGCCCGUCGCGCGUGCGCUGGAGAAUGAGCUGCGAGACGCCCCGCACACACCAGCGCGCAGCACGACAGCACUCUUGCAUGACGAUUGGACUGAUGGAGUGGCGAGGAACUCCAGUGAAGGUGGCAGCGAGGACGCCAUCCAGUCCCAGCCGUCGGAGUCGCCGACCCUCAUCGAGUACGAGGACAGGGAGGUGAAGCUGACGCAGGAGAGGAAGUGGCUGGAGAGCGACUCCGUGUUCAUGAGGAUACGGCGGGAGGGCAUGCGGCACAAGGGGGCGACCCAGAGGCACGCGGCCCGGAGCGCGUCCGAGUCGGCGCUGUACGACAGCCGCACCCUGUUCGGCAACUACUCGGUGCAGAUGCGCCACUGAGGAACAGGGCAGCGCGAGGCGUGGGGGGGCCUCCCGCCUGUGCGGCCCGCCGCGCGCCGCAGGCCUCGCCGGGCCACCGGCCGGCCCAGAAGCACAGGCCCGACCCCACGGUCACGAUGCUGAAGCGGCUGCAGCAGACCAUGGAGGAUCGGUCUAUGAGGGACCACGAGGACUACAUGAAGCGGUCCGGCCUCUGCGACGACCCCUUCGCCGUGAAGCCGAGGGCGCCCUUGUGCGGCUGCGACGCCUCCGGCUCCUGCAGUCCAGCCAGGGCACAGGCCAGCAGCGACCCCGUGCACAGGGCGAGGUCGGGCGGCAUGCCCGUGAGGCGGGCCUUCUCCGCCGGCACCAGCGUCCGCGCGGGACGCCAGGCUGCGGCGCAGUGAGCGGCGCGGGCGCGGGCGCGGGCGUGCUGCACGGGCUGCAGGGAGGCUGAGGUGAAAAUCCACUCAAGAAUCCUGGUAUUGGAAUCGCGGGCUGUAGGCUCGCUUUCACGGCGUCGCAAAGCGACGCGCCGUAGCUCUGGGCAACGUCUUUGGUUGCACAUCGGCCCUGGUUUCAGGCAGUCGC